AUGCCUUUCAUUGUAAAUGGAGAAGUUGUCAUGAAGAACGACACAACAGUAUAUAAGUCUGUUCAUGAAGCAUUAGAAUAUAUGUUGAAUCAUAACCCCGAAAUAUUUGACCCAAGCACUACGCCAUGUACAAUGCCCUUUAUUAAGGACGGUGAAAUCGUAAGAGUUCCGGAUUCAACGGUUUACACAGCUGUUCAAAACAGUUUACAAAACAUUUUAGCGAAUAUCUUUAAUUCAGAAACUACAGAAAUGAAAUUACCAUAUAUAACAGAUGCUAAAGAAAUUAAAUCAAAAACAACAACAUUAUUUACGUCACUUAAUGAUUUAAUGACUUAUAUCAUUAAUAUUCCUGCACCAACUACAGCAUUUGAUCCAAACUCGACGGUUUGCAGUGUACCUUUCAUAAAGGACAGUUCAGUAAUUGUUUUAAGGGAUUCGACAGUUAAUGAAUCAUUAAAGGCUUCAUUAAUGAAAAUCAUUGAUUUUAACUCAUUCAUGAAUACAUAUAAUUCAUUCAUUAAUGUUUCAUAUGCUUCUAAAGAAGGUGAGCCAAAAACUAUCGAUAAAGCGGUGUAUGAAAUAAAAGCAUCAACGACGAAAUUGAAUUC